AUGGAGGAAGGCGAUAUUUGGGAUGACGAAGCGGCAGUGGCGGCGGAGUUGCUGUGCCGCUUCCUGUCGGAGAUUCGUCAAAGGGAGACGGUGAGGUUGGGGUGGUGGCACCAUGGCGGGAGUGUGCGUCCGGCGGCAGAUUACCUCGGCGGCGUCCAAAUGCCGGUGGCACGACCCGAAUCGUCCCAUCCAAGAAUCAUAGCCCACGUCGACAUGGAUUGCUUCUACGUCCAAGUGGAGCAGAGGAAGAAACCAGAGUUGAGAGGUUUACCUAGCGCGGUGGUGCAGUACAACGAGUGGAAAGGCGGGGGGUUGAUUGCGGUUAGCUACGAGGCCCGUGGAUUUGGAGUGAAGCGCUCCAUGCGAGGUGAUGAAGCGAAGCAAGUUUGUCCGCAAAUUCACCUGGUUCAAGUCCCUGUAGCUCGUGGCAAGGCAGACCUGAGUACCUACCGCAAUGCAGGUUCGGAGGUGGUUUCAAUUCUUGCGAGGAAGGGCCGAUGUGAGAGGGCUUCGAUUGAUGAAGUUUACCUUGAUCUUACUGAUGCUGCGGAAGCUAUGUUGAGGGAAAACCCUCCUGAGAGUUUGGAAGCUGUACAUGAGGAAGUUCUCAAGUCACAUGUUCUGGGGCUUGCAAAUGAGGAUGAAAUCGACAAGAAAGAAAAUGUGAAGAGAUGGAUGUGUAAUAGUGAUGCUGAUCACCGUGAUAAAUUGUUGGCCUGUGGAGCUAUUAUUACUGCUGAACUUAGAAUGCAAGUCCUAAUGGAGACAGAGUUCACUUGUUCUGCUGGCGUUGCUCAUAAUAAGAUGCUGGCAAAACUUGCAAGUGCUAUGAACAAACCUGCACAACAGACUGUUGUGCCCUCCUCGUCAGUAAAUGGGUUGCUCUAUUCUUUUCCAAUAAAGAAGAUGAAACAACUAGGUGGAAAGCUUGGGACUUCAUUACAAGGUGAUCUAGGAGUGAACACCGUUGGAGAUCUGUUGCAGUUUUCUGAAGAGAAACUACAAGAUCUCUAUGGUGUAAAGACUGGUACUUGGUUAUGGAACAUUGCCAGAGGAAUCAGUGGGGAAGAAGUUCAGGGGCGCCUUCUUCCCAAGAGCCAUGGAUCUGGAAAGUCAUUUCCUGGUCCCCGGGCUUUAAAGACAGCUGCUACAGUAAGAAUUCGAUUGAUCUCACAGAUUAGAAGGACUAUGUGACUUACUUUUUCUGGAUAAGCUUGCAUUUUUGGUACUGUUGAUGUACUUCAGUUGGUUGUCUCAGGUUCAACACUGGCUCAACCAACUUUGUGAUGAGCUUAGUGAACGUAUUUGCCGUGAUCUGGAAGAAAAUAAACGGACAGCACAUACCCUAACUCUUCAUGCUACAGCUUAUGGGCCAAGCGAGAGAGAUUCACAUAAGAAAUUUCCAUCCAAAUCUUGUCCAUUAAGGUAUGGAACUGGCAAGAUUCAAGAGGAUGCAUUUAACCUAUUUCAAGCUGGAUUACGUGAAUACUUGGGCUCUUACGGAGCCAAAACUCAAGGAAGUCAGCAUCCUGAAAGAUGGGCAAUAACAGGUCUCUCUGUUUCAGCAAGCAAAAUUAUGGCCAUACCUUCUGGAACGUGCUCCAUCAUGAAAUACUUUGGUGGCGAGCAAAGAUGUGAUGCUCCUGCCAGGCAAGUGGAGGCUAACUUCAUCCAGGAAGCUGUUCCAUCGUCACCCUCAGACAGCAAAAAUUGUACAGAACUGGAAUGUUGCGAGAGGCAAGUGGAGCUUACCGACAAUUAUUCAGAUUAUAUAGAAGACAAUAAAGUACCCAUGGAAGAAGAUAAGAAUUUGUCUUUGUUGGGCCACGAAGAGGAUAGCUCAACUAAGGAAGCUUCCCAACCACACUUCCCGAGUGAAAGUUGCUCGGGGAAAACUAAAGUUAGUGCACAGGAGCUCCCUAGUGAAGAUGUUAGACAUCAGUCGAGCACAGUACGUUCAAAACGGAAAGAGCAGAAAAGUAGUGCUUUGAAAGACCAGGGGACAAUCUUGAGGUUUUUUAAGAGCAAUGAUCAAGCUCAGGACCCGACGCGGUCUCAGGGUGACGGUAGUAACAGUUGUAAUGCCAAUCAAAAUGGAGGAGGAAGGGCAGCAUGGAGCUACAAGGUUGAUGAGAUUGACGAAUCAGUGAUUGCAGAGUUGCCAGAAGAGAUCCAAGCUGAGUUGGAGUCUUGGAUCCGGCCCCAAAAACGAGCAAAUACAGUUAAACGAGGGGGUGCUACCACUAUUGCACAUUAUUUCUCAGCAAACCAGAAGUAGUAUACACCAAUUAGAAAAGAAAGUUUGUAUACUCUGUGCAUGUGUGUAGUAAUUUAAUUGACAAAAUAGUUUAGCGCCUCAAGUUUUCCGUUGGAGAUACUUGAGCACUUCUACUACGUUCAGUUGUCGGUAACCGUAUGAUAAACAAUGGAAAGAAUCGUGAUCCUUUAUAGCAAGCUGUACUAUUCCUGACGUACAAUCCACAAACUGACAAGCUCACAGUUCAGAAGAUGCUGAAGUUUCCAAGUUCCCAGUUCUUUGUUUUGCAGCGACUUUGUUACACUACCAUCCAAAACCACAGCAACUGGUGUAACAACUUGCCACUCACAGAAGAUCCCGUCUCCUACACAACCCUCCCAUCAUCGAACGGGACCCACUUCUGCUCAGUUUAUAUCAGUGGAGCAAAGCCAACCAAAGGAAGAAAAGAAGAAAACUCUGUCCAAUUAGCCACACACAAAAAGGCAGCAGCUAACAAAUGGAUGCUGCUACCCAAGAACACGGUAAUGCAGAACUCCAGGAAAGAAGAUAUUGGAGAUUCAACAAACAUGAUUUCUUUCCUGAAGAGUCCUUCAGCAACUGGACCAGCUACCGGGCGGCCUUGUCACAGACAUGUCACCGGUUCAAGGACCGUCUUGUGUCCCGGUCCGAUGAUGCCAAUGAGGUGGAAGUUCUCAGGAAGCAGAGCGAGAACGAGAUGAAACGCUGCCUCACCUGGUGGGAUCUCACCUGGUUUGGGUUCGGUUCGGUCAUCGGAGCUGGCAUUUUCGUGCUGACUGGACAGGAAGCUCACGACCAUGCUGGACCUGCCAUCGUCUUGUCCUACGUGGCUUCUGGAGUCUCGGCCAUGCUAUCUGUCUUCUGCUACACGGAAUUUGCAGUAGAGAUCCCUGUCGCAGGCGGUUCAUUUGCUUACUUGAGAAUCGAGCUGGGAGACUUCGCUGCAUUCAUCACCGCGGGCAACAUACUGCUGGAGAGUGUGGUGGGGACUGCAGCGGUGGCCAGAGCAUGGACUUCAUAUCUCGCCACUCUUCUCAAUCGUCCUUCCAACUCCCUCCGCAUUCAUACCAAUCUAACCAAAGGUUUCAAUCUCCUGGACCCAAUUGCGGUCGUAGUUCUGGCUUUGGCUUCCACCAUCGCGAUGAUCAGCACGAGGAAAACUUCAUUACUCAACUGGAUAGCAACCGGAUUGAACACCGCAAUUAUUUUGUUCGUAAUCAUUGCAGGUUUCGCCCAUGCUCGAACAUCCAAUCUGACCCCAUUUCUGCCUUACGGCGUCAAAGGUGUCUUCCAAGCAGCUGCAAUUGUUUACUUUGCCUAUGGAGGAUUCGAUAACAUAGCCACCAUGGCAGAAGAAACGAAAAACCCCUCCAGAGACAUACCACUAGGGCUUCUUGGAUCCAUGUCGAUCAUAACUGUGAUAUACUGCUUGAUGGCACUUUCCCUAAGCAUGAUGCAGAGGUACACAGAGAUCGACACUGAAGCAGCUUAUUCUGUAGCUUUCCAGAGUGUAGGAAUGCACUGGGCGAAAUACCUUGUAGCACUUGGUGCCCUUAAAGGGAUGACAACUGUUCUCCUUGUAGGGGCUCUAGGUCAAGCAAGAUACACCACUCAUAUCGCAAGAGCACACAUGAUUCCUCCAUGGUUUGCUCUCGUUCAUCCGAAGACCGGUACACCGAUAAAUGCUACGCUUCUGGUCACAAUUUCAGGGGCCUUUAUUGCCUUCUUCUCGAGCCUGGAUGUCUUGGCUAGCUUGUUAUCGGUAAGCACAUUGUUUAUCUUCAUGAUGAUGGCUGUCGCUUUGCUUGUGAGGAGAUACUACGUUAGAGAAGUCACCCCGAAGGAAAACCUCCUGAAGUUGGUCAUUUUUCUCCUGGUUAUUAUUGCUUCCUCCAUGGGGACUGCUGCUUACUGGGGCCUGAAGCCUGAUGGUUGGUAUGGUUAUGCUGUGACUGUUCCUCUUUGGUUCUUUGGGACUCUGGGUUUAUCCCUACUUUUGCCUCAGAAAAGAAAGCCAAAAGUUUGGGGGGUACCACUGGUUCCAUGGCUUCCAUCCUUGUCGAUAGCAACAAAUAUCUUUCUCAUGGGAUCUUUAGGGGCUGAGGCUUUUGUAAGAUUCGGAAUCUGCACCGUUGUAAUGCUGCUUUACUAUGUUUUCAUUGGUCUUCAUGCGACUUACGACAUGGCACAUAUGGAAAAGAAGCUUCAAGAUCCAGCACACGACCAAUGCUUGUAAAACUUCAGGGGAAAGAACUCUGCAUUUGUAAGGAUAUAUCAAUAUCAUCGAUCUCCUUGGUCGAAAGAGAGCAAUUGAUUACUACUUGUAACAACUAAUACUGUGUCAAUGUGGCAGCACACACAAACUAGAAAAAGGAAUGAGACCAUAUGAUAUGUUAAGUUUCUGUAUGCCAACCUUAAACUGGUCCUGCAUAAGGCAAAACAUCAUUGUUAUUCAGUAUCAGUAAGAAAAUGAAACAGAUCCUAAGC